AUGGCUGAAGCAGUAGGACUGGCAGCGAGUAUUCUCGGGAUUAUCCACAUCACAACAAAGGUAGCUUCUCUUAGCUAUUCGUAUAUUAGUGGUGUAAAGCGGGCACCAGACGAAAUUCGAAAGCUUGCGGAUGAGCUCAAGUCAUUAACCACAGUCCUCACGACUUUGAGCAUCUGCGCGAACGACCAUGGCCCAGCGCUACUACAAAUCCAAGGCCCUUUACAAAGCUGUGUUUCUGAGCUGCUUAGCAUCCAGAUCAAAUUAGAGAAUAGCAGUAUCAAAGCAAAAGGGCGCUGGUGGGAUAUGAGCUUUUCAAGGCUACAAUGGCCUUGCGAAGAGCAGGAAACUUUGAACUAUGUCUCGAAGAUCGAGAGAUUCAAGAACCUUGUUACACUUGCCAUGAAUGCGGAUCAAGUAAUUCGAUCGAAAGUCAUCGAGACAGGUGUAAAAGAAAUAAAUGCAAUGAAAUCAAAGGAUGAAGCACUCCGGAUCAGUAGGGCCAUCUUCCAAAGUUUUUAA